AUGCGCUCUCUGUGCUGCGAUGAGAAUUUGAAAGAUUUCCAGGAUACGAUCGAUUUACUCCUUUCGAACCCUCAGCCUGAAGCUUUUGAUAUAGUGGAUCUUCACGAUGUGAUGAUGGAAGCAAUUCAACAGGACAGAGAGGAAUUCGUUUCAACCCUUCUCUUCCAUGGCUUCCCAAUACAGCCUCCUUACACUCGAAAGGCAACACUUUACAAAGCGAAGCGCGUCCUUGGGUGCUUCCUCAAAGCAGGAUGGGAUAUUAAUGAACCGGUUGGUGUUUUGGAGCCGCCUGUGCUUAGCUACGCAGUAAGGGACGCCGAUAUGACCAGUUGGCUUUUGGACCAUGAAGCAAACCCGAAUGCCCGAUGCGAGGUGGACUGCACCCCAUUAUCAUACACUGUUCGAAAUGCACGUCUCAGUGUUAUCGAGCUGAUGCUGGAUCGUGGAGGAGAUGUGCAGAAAGGACAGCUUCUCCAGUAUGCCGUAUUUCGAGAUGAAGAUCUUGAGGAUGUCAUGACGCUGCUCGUCGAUAGAGGUGCGCCUUUAAAUGCAACAAUGUAUCGGGAUGACCCCACUUUGAUACGAUUUGCGCCAAUGAGCUUGGGGACUGCACUGCACAUAGCAACAGAGCAGGGAAAGUCGAAUGCCAUACGCCAUCUGAUCCAUCUCGGAAUAGAUUUUGGCGUGAAGGAUGCUAAUGGCGACACCGCUUUGGAGUGGGCACAGAAAUGGAAUAAUACCCAAAUGGUGCAGCUGUUGAAAAGCUUGGAAGACCGUUUGUAA